UGGCAACACCGCCACAUGACAGGUGUUUACGCGCCAAACAACAAUGGUUGCUUGCUAACGUUUCGAUAGGAGCUUUUGGGUGCACGUUUUUUGAUGCAAUUUACAAAUUUCUUUAUCUAAAUACUUGUGUGUCAGUUAAUUCAACGUUUAUUUACAAUAUAUUCACUACAAUAUGUAGUAUCGCUGUCGUAAAGUUGUCAAAAACUGUAUUAAGUAGUGAAGCUAGGUCACCGAUACAUUAGGAGUGCAGUGUCCUAUUCCAUGUUUUAUUGUUAAUUAAGGUCAGUUAUUGCGUGGGAGAAAUGGCCACGACGACUCCGAGGCGUUCUACGCGGCUUCCUUACACUCACACGCCAAAAAUGUCUGAGCGUAAGAAGGGGUUAUUUCAAUGUGAGGAGAUGCCAUCGCGGGAGUCGUUGACGACGCAUCGGAAGCUGCCGGUGGUGGACAGCGAGAGCGACAGCGAGGAGUGUGACCUCGGCAUCAUCAGCACCCUGGACUCGAGCAGCUCUGGAGACGAAAAUGACCAGAAUGUUCCUAAGACGCCGGAGCGAAACUUGUGGCAUGAAACGAGGAGUCAAACUAGGAAGCUUUUGAAAGAAACAAAUGAUUUGAAGAACUUUAUAAAGUCACCGUUUACUUUGAAGAAGUACCAACAAUAUUCAUGUUCAGACUCAAAAUGUACCGGUUCAUUGUCGACGCCAACCACGCCACACCUUAUUCACCAUCCGGGGACGCCGUCGUCUACGCACUCCUGUGCCAGCGCGCACACCACAUCCUCCACCUCGAGCCGAGCCCGCAAGAGCCUGGCCAGCCUCAUUGCAGACACAGAGAGCUGCAGCAGCUCCCUCAAAGACCUAAACUUCGAUACCGACUCAGGAACAGACUCGAAAGAGAAUACGCCAACGAAAUGCGUAAGGAGAUCAAGCAGAAGACACAAACUCACCCCAAAACUACAAAGUUUCAAGGGUGUUCUUCUAGAACAGAAGAAAAAUAUAUCUCCUAUGAAAACUGCUGUAGUUUGCUUGACGAAGAUGGAUAUGAGCAGUAUGCUGUCCCCCACGCAGAUGCUGAAAACCCCUCACAACACUACCGGCGCGGGAGCUUCACCCCCGAAGCUGGGGCACAACCGUCGCUCAGUUGUAGAGAUUGACGAGAGUCCUGAAUCCGCUUGUGAUAGCGAGAAGAGUCAUAAACGACUCCGGAAUGACAGUCUGACAGAGCAUGGACCACAUUCCAAAUACCCUAGACUGGAAAACGCUCCUAAAGCUCGCUUAUCGCUUUUCAACAGUGACAGGCUGAAAGAAAUACUGUCGGCAAAGUCUUUCUAUGGGAAGAGUAAUCCGGAGCUAAAUGUCAGCGUUACUGCAAAGAUAUCGAGUGCCAUCGAAGUGAGUGCGAAUAAACGACUGAGGCACUCACAGUCGUACAGACGCAAGCGGAAACCAGGCCAGAUCAAUUCUGGAGUCAGGCAUCGCAUUAGAAAGCCGAAACACCUUAAAAAUAAGGUGCAUAAGGUCUUGAAUGCCUCGGCUAGCAAUGCUUCGGUAUUGAACAGCACUGUGAAAUCUAACGUUAGUAUGACAGAAACUUCGAUGUUAAGUCAGAACUCUUCGCAGGAGCUUGUAACUGAUAAAGCAGACCCCUUCGAUAAGGAGAAGCAAACAAUCGAAGCACUCCUAAGCCAAUGGACGGAAGACGAAGUACCAGAGGAUGAACUGACACCAAGACCAGAAUUACCUUGCUUCAAUAGCACAGUCAUAGAAGAAACCAGACAAAUCUUCCAACCUGUAACUGCUGUACCAGUCAACAUAGCCACACUACCACAAGACUCAGAAGCAGUCAUCGUUGAGCUAGGAGCUCAGACAAACAAACAGAUAUCUGAAGUAUCUUUGACAACUUUGCCUGAAACCACUUUAGGUACUUUGACAACUUUGCCCGAAAGUCCAUUGACUUGUACUGUGCCUCAAGCAAGUGAUGUGGUGAUGGCUGAUGUUGAUGGUCAUGUGACAACUCAUGGUGAAAUACCGAAGACCGGAGAGUUUCUGCCGGUUGAAGGAGGAUACAUACUUGUUGAAGAGAAUGCUGAUGGGGGCGCAGCACAAGAAGAACUCACAGACUUGGACGAGAUAGAACGGGAGCUCCGAAUGCUUGACGAACAGAUUCUUAAGAUGGCAGAGUCGAACAAUAUCAACGCAGAAGCAGUGCUAGCUUCCACGGAGACUGCUGUGCCACCUGUUACUGAUGUAUCAGCAGUAACUGAAACGGAGAUCACCAAGACUGACAAACCGAAGCUGUUUCCCAUUUUUGACAAGCCUAACACUGGCAUUGCCACGCCAGGCACUAAAGGUUCAGACAAGAACGGUAAGAAGCUGAUUAAGACCGGCGACGACCAGUACGUCAUCGACGCGGGACAGAAGAAGUUCGGCGCCACGCAGUGCACCGAGUGUGGGACUAUCUAUCAGAUCGGCGACCCACAAGACGAGCACGACCACUUGGUGCACCACAAUGCCACUGAUGUCCUAAGGUUUAAUGGUUUCAAAGAUGAGCGCAUAGUGGACAGAUCGGGUACAGCCCGUUGUAUCCGCAUCCGUGGCGGCGAGCCAGCCUGGAGGAAGGUGGACCAGCUGCUCAGCAGGGUGGUUCACCCACAGCUGGGGUACGGGAACGAACUGCCUAAAGACCAGAUACAUUGCUACACUGCAUAUCUAUACAUAGACAAGAAGCAGAUUCUAGGGUGUCUGAUAGUGGAGCCCAAGGUGCGCGCGUUCAAGCUGAUCCCCGGUGACCCAGACUGCUGUAGCGUGGAGGACUACCCAGUCAAAUGCGGUAUCUCUCGAAUAUGGACUCACAUCAACCACAGACGGCGCGGUAUCGCGGCUCGCCUGCUCAACUGCGCGCGCGUGUCCUUCCUCUACGGCGUAGCGCUACGAGCCUCCGACGUAGCCUUCAGCGCGCCUACAGAGGCUGGCAAAGCCUUCGCCACGAAAUACUGCGGAACACCGAACUUCUAUGUCUAUCUAGACUAAAAAACUAAGUGCCAAGUGAAAAUAGAACUUAUUAAGGUGUUAUAAGGUCUCUUGUGCUUUAGACAGUGUAAUUUUGUAUUUUUUGAGGAAUUAGUGAACUAAGCUACCUCAAAAUGAAGUGUUGAAUGUCAUUAGUAUAAGUUUGGAUUAAUUAAGUGUUAAGUUACUGCCAAGUGCAUUGGAUGCAAGCAUUCCUAAUUUUAAAGUAGGGUACUGUGAAUAUUAUAUGAAGUAACUGUUACGACAGUUUUGUAAUUGUGAAUGUGUUCUUAUUAUUAUUUGUAUAUGCAGAAAAAAACAGACAUUUGAAAAUAAUUUAGGUUCAAAAGAAGGUCAUUUUUUACCGAGAGGGUAAAAAAUGACCUUCUUUUCUUUGUUGUAAUAAACCUUUUUUAAAUUGCAUGACAAGCUCAGUCUGCAUAUACAAAUAUUAAU